CCUCAGCAACUCGUCGUGCCAGACUGGCCUUGCCCACAAAACACGUCCGUUUCAUCGUGUCCAUGCCACGUCCGUUUACUCGACAUGCGUGUUUGCGCCUCCAGCUCGUCAGAGCACCAGCCACGCUUCCAUGGCUCGAUCCGGGCCCGGGAGAGCGCGCGAUCCCGCUCCGUACGAAGGCCUGUUUCCGCGACCAUCUGACUUGUCCAGCAUCGCGAUCAUGAGGCUUGGUUAGAUGCCAUGAUGCCCAAAAGCAAGCUCGUGCCGUAGCUCCUCACUCGCUUAGUCCGCGGAUGGUUGAGUCGCUCGCCGCGUCCAAAAGAGCGGGGCGCGUGCGCGUGGGAAUCAAAAGGGAGGAUUGACGUACAUGAAGGAGAGAUCUGAGCCGCCAAAGAUAUCGCGCCCUUGGAUCUGGAUGGCUGUUUGAAACGCCAGCAUUGUCAGGGCAUACCUUGAUCGUACCUGGUGGCUCCCCAGAAACGAGUCUGUCUACGCAGAAGACGAUAAAACAAAACGUGGGCUGCUUUUUCGCUCGACGCUCCCGCUGUUCUGCAUUUGUACUCCACCACGCCCAUUAUUUUCUCCAUUCACCUUCAGCUCUUUCCUUUCUUGUCGCGCGAGACUCCGCUGUCGACUGCUCGACAUACACUCAUUCUUUUCGCCAUCUCGAGGACCGGUCCUCAUUUUUUGUUUCAGCACUUGUCACCACGCGACAGCUUGACGUUGCUAUUGUUGCUAGUCACGCGCGCUCUCACUCUCUCUUGCACCUUUUAACAUUGUUCUGAGCCUUCAAUAGUCUACUCAGAUCUCGUUUUCACAGUCAUUCGUAACUUGUCCAUAAAAGAAGCGCUGCCCUUUCGGUUUGCGCCUCUACAACUAGGCAUUUCCUACAAACCACGGUCCCCUUUCUCGCUGGUCCAGGUUUAUCCAUAAAAACAUCAACUUCGCUGCUGGAUCAAAGCGAAAUUAAUUAGCAAAGCCAUCUUCAAACGCGCGAGAAUGAUGCUUUCACGGCUCGCGCUUGUCGCGACGCUACCACUCUUCUCCAGCGUUUCCAUAGCUGCUCCUACCGCCGCAGCGCAGCCGCUCGACGCGUCUGGUUUCAUAGCCCAGGCGUCCGGAUCAACACAGUACUGGCUGUCCAACAUCCAGCGUCAAGGUACCGUAGCUUUCGGCGAUGCUAGCUACAAGAUCUUCCGAAACGUCAAAACGGACUGCGGUGCUGCUGGCGAUGGUUCCACUGACGAUACGGCUGCUCUGAACCAAUGUAUCGCAUCUGGUAACCGUUGCGGACCAAACUGCGAUUCAUCAACGGUCACGCCAGCAAUCUUAUACUUUCCUCCUGGCACCUAUGUUGUGUCCCAGCCACUAAACAUGUAUUACUAUACUCAGAUGAUUGGCGACGCUCUACAGCCACCCACUAUCAAAGCGGCUGCCAACUUCCAGGGCAUGGCUGUGCUCGACAGUGACCCUUACGACUACAACAAUGGCGGAAAGAAUUGGUUCACCAAUCAAAACAACUUUUUCCGUGAAGUCCGCAACUUUGUCAUCGAUUUGACCGCUAUGCCUGCUUCACAAGGUGCUGGAAUUCACUGGCAGGUCGCACAGGCCACCAGCCUCCAAAACAUCCGUUUUGAAAUGGUUCAGGGAACCAACAGUAAUCAGAUCGGGAUUUUCAUGGACAACGGCUCCGGCGGCUUUAUGGCCGAUCUGACAUUUAAUGGUGGCAACUAUGGCAUGUUCCUGGGUAACCAGCAGUUUACAACGCGCAACUUGACGUUUAAUAAUUGUAACACCGCCAUGUUUAUGAAUUGGAACUGGCUCUGGACAUUCAAGUCAGUGAAUGUUAACAAUUGCAAGGUUGGCUUAGACAUGGCCAAUAACCCCCCGAACCAGACCGUGGGUAGCGUCAUUUUACAGGACUCCGUCUUUAAAACAACCGUAGCAGCUGUAAACUCAAGCUUCAGUCAGAGCAGUAUCCCUACUGGUGGCGGAACACUGGUGCUUGAUAACGUGGACUUCACCGGUUCCCCCGUCGCAGUACAGCACUUCGACGGAACACCUAUUUUACAAGGCGGAAGCGUCGUCAAGGCUUGGACUCAAGGUCAGCAAUACGUUGGCUCAAAUGGAACCCGCGUCCAAGCAGUCCUUGAAUCGCCGCCAGCCAAGCCCGACGCUCUGCUCGCGAAUGGCAUGAUCUUUGAGCGUAUCAAGCCACAAUAUGAACAGUAUCCCGCAAGCGCUUUCGUCUCUGUCAAGUCGGCAGGAGCCAAAGGAGAUGGCGCCACGGAUGACACUGCUGCGAUUCAGAAUGCGAUGAACAACAUACAGGACGGACAAAUCCUUUACUUCGAUCACGGCGCGUAUAUCGUCACGAAAACAAUCAAUGUACCCAAGAACAUCAAGAUCACCGGAGAGAUUUGGCCGUUGAUCAUGGCUUCCGGAGAUUUUUUUGCCAAUCAGGAUCAACCUCAGCCCGUUUUCAAAAUUGGCGAUAUUGGCGACGUCGGCUCUGUUGAGCUUUCAGAGCUCAUGUUUGAGACGGCCGGUCCAGCUCCUGGUGCCAUCAUGAUCCAGUGGAAUUCCGGUGCUUCGGCGCAAGGUUCUAACGGUAUGUGGGAUGUUCAUGCGCGCAUUGGCGGCAGUGCGGGAACGCAGCUUCAGUGGGACAAAUGUGCAAAGAACCCGAACGUCACACACGGUGCGAAUCCAGAGUGCAUUGGCGCCAACACGCUUUUACAUCUCACACAGACUUCGUCGGUAUACAUCGAGAAUUGCUGGUUCUGGGUGGCUGAUCACGAACUUGACCUUCCUGCCAAGCCCGCCCAAAUAGACAUUUAUAAUGGCCGUGGCGUUCUCAUCGAGUCCCAAGGUCCAGUUUGGAUGUAUGGCACCGCUUCUGAGCACUCAGUCCUAUAUAAUUAUCAGGUCCAGAACGCGUCCAACAUCUACAUGGGUCUGAUUCAAACUGAGUCGCCGUACUUCCAAUCCAACCCUGCCGCACCAGCUCCAUUCAACUUGGUCGCGAACGUCGACCCGCCUUUUAACACAUACACCAGCGAUCAAGAUAAAAAGGCGUGGGGUCUUCGCGUUGUUGAUUCGUCCAACAUUCUAGUUUAUGGCGCAGGCUUGUACUCGUUCUUCGACAACUACGACCAAGUGUGUGUUGCUUCAAACAAUUGCCAGAACCGCAUAGUCUCAAUCGAGGGAAACGUUGACAACCUGAACUUGUUCGGAUUGAGUACCAAAGCAUCUGUGUCAAUGGUUUCAAGUGUUGGCGGCUAUGUCCUCUCAGGAAGCGCGAAUAACGGCAAUGCAAUGACAGUGGAUAGUGUUACGGUCAAUGACGCAGAUAACCGAAGCAACUUCUGCGCCACGCUGGCUCUGUGGAGACCUGGUUGAGCUGGUCUUUUGAAACACCGCGCCUUGCUCUUUUCUCCUUCGUUUCUAAUCUUCAACUUUUUUGUUCAACAAGGCGUCUUCGUAUGCGAUAUUAUCCCGAAAAAUGGGUAUAUUUCUCCUCCGUUGGGUUGGAGGAUGUGUGACAAGUUUCUUGAAAAAUGAUACCAGAUGUACAUGAGGGUGAUUCUAGAAGGCAACGAAUACUGUUGGGGCAGAACAAUCUGCCUCGCGGCGAAUAGAUCAAUGGAAUUUACUUCUUACAUCAAAUCCCACGAACAGACGUGAACUGAGCGUCCUGUUAUCUGUGGAUGGAGAACUUCACACUCAAACUCAGCGGGCGCAGUCUUGCGAUUGGCUUUCGCAGAACGCAUUGGCAACCAAACAUAGUUUAGC